UCAGACGUCAAGUGUUCCGCACUCGUUCGGACGUCAGUGUAUGUAGAUCAAAUAAAAAAAUUAUCGCGAUGCACCCAAAAAGGGAUAAAUGAUGUAGUGAAAUUGGGUGGUAAAAUCAUGAGUGCAGAUUAAAAUCACGGGGUAGUGAAUUUAUUUCGAUCUGUGGAGAGAGUUUGGGGCGGUUACCGUGCGGUUAAAAUACGUCUCUUUUUUUUCUGCGGAUGACACUUGCUCGAUUGUCGCAAGUACCAGUGGGAAAAAAAAAACGUCACGUCGUAAAAUAAAGGAUCGACAAGUGGAUAAUGCACGUUCCAGGGAGUGAAGAUUACGACGGGCAUCUGUCGAUUGAUUCCAUCAAUUAGACGUAAAGGGAUCAUUAGGAAAAUGAACAUAAUGAGGAAAUUGAGGGGUGGCAGUGCUGUGGGGGGUAUGGGCUCCAGUACUGGAAGUGUAGAUGAUUGCAUGGGGGGUAAUCCACAACAUACUGCACUUGGACUCAUGCAUCUUAAGAAACUUUUUUCCGAAUACACCCAUCCACCCAGUCCACUUUCGGAGGCCGAGAAGGAUGAUAAACUUUAUAAUAUGCUGCCACUUUUUUGCAAGGUAUUCGGCUCAUCCCCAUCAACGGACAUGAACGAAAAAUUCUGGGACAUCCUAGCCUUCACCCAGCAAGUCUCGAAGCUGAUGGUAUCGGAGAUUCGACGACGUGCCUCGAAUCAGAGUACAGAAACAGCGAGCUGUGCAAUAGUAAAAUUCCUGGAGAUCGAGAACAGCGAGGAGUCGUCAAACGGUUGGAUGUUGCUGUCAGCCCUGAAUCUUUUGGCAGCAGGUGACACAUCCCUGAUCCAGGCGAUGACAACAGCAUCAGUGCCCUCGACCCUAGUAAAAUGCCUGUACCUGUUCUUCGAUCUCCCAGAGAUGUCAGACCUCGAGGCAGACACGAGAGACGCUGAGAGUGAAUUUACCCCACGUGAGCGACGAAUUCUCCUGCAGAAGAUAUUCGUGCAACUGCUGGUGCGCCUGUGCAGUCACCCCUACCCCGCAGAGGAAUUAGCCCGCAAGGACGACCUGACCCUUCUCUUCUCAGCAAUAACCACUGGCUGCCCCCAGUACAACGUAAUGUGGAGAAAGAGUGCAGCUGAAGUCCUGAUGACUCUAUCCCGUCAUGGAUUAACCCAGAAUGUUGUCGCUUACAUCCACAACAAGGGCUGCAUUGCCCUCUGCAUCGACAACAUGCAACGAGUACCUGAACUAGCCCCCCUAGAAGUUGUCGAGAUGUUUGUGACGGUUUUCUGCUUUCUGAAGGACUCGAGCGACGUCUCUCAGACGCUCCUGGACGACUUCAGGUCCUGCCAGGGCUACAUAUUUCUGUCAGAGUUCCUCCUGAGACACGCACCAUCACGCCUGGAUCAGGAGGAUAAGGCCGAGGCCCAGGACGCCAUCAGAAAUCUCGUACUGAUGCUGGCAUCAUUGACAAUGUGUGGCCACACUGAGCUCAAGCCCUCUCAGGCCAGCAUGGGAUCACUCUUCCAGAUAAUGGGCUUCACUCUCCCCCAGCCCAGCAAUCGUGGCGGAUCUGUCAGGAAUAUUCAGGCAUUCCAGGUCCUUCAAUCUGUAUUCGUUAAAUCCAACUCACCUCUCCUCUGCUGCACCAUCCUCGACGCCAUAUCCAGUGUUUAUCACAGUGAUAAUGCCAAUUAUUUUAUCCUCGAGGGGCAGAACACACUAUCGCAAUUCGCUGAAAAAAUCCACCUCAAGAAUCCAGAGAUACAGGAGAAGUUCUUUCAGUUACUCGAGUUUAUAGUUUUUCAGUUGAACUUUGUGCCUUGCAAGGAGCUCAUAUCUCUGUCGAUCCUACUAAAGUCAAAUAAUUCAGUCAAUUGUUGUAUAAUGUGCAUGGAGACACUGUUGAACAUACUUAGACAUAAUGUUAUAUUCAAGGAUGUAUACAGGGAAGUUGGAAUGCUGGAGGUGUUUGUGACGUGUCUUCAUCGCUAUGCCACACUGCUGAAGGACAAACAGUCGGCGAAUGAUCAGGGGCUUGAGUACAAGAUGUGCAUUGAGCAGGAGAGAAUGGGGGCACUGGUGAUGGAGGCAUUGACAACACUACUGGCUGGAAAUGUUCAGAAUGCCAAUGUCUUCAGGGAGUGCACUGGGGCCAGAUGUGCUCACAAUCUGGUGCCUUAUAUUGACUGCAGGCAUCAGGCACUAGGAACUGUCAGGGAAUUGAUAUUGUCAGCUGGUGGGGAUGACGAUAUGGCAACACUCCUGGGGAUUAUGCACUCGGCGCCACCCAAUGCACUGGUCCUGAAGACCCAUAUCUUGAAGACAUUGCUGGCUUGUCUGAGGGAGUCUCACAGAACUAGAACUGUUUUCAGGAAAGUCGGUGGCUUCGUCUACGUGAUGUCUGUUCUGGUGUCCCUCGAGGCUCAGCUGGCCUCUCAGCCACCUAAAUCUGAGCCCUGCAAUGAGGCCAGGAGCCACCAGGAUGAGAAUCAAUUGCUGACGCUUCUUCAUGUCGUCUUCCACACCAUCAGCACAGCCAUGAGGUUCGAGCCAGCUAAUGCCAAAUUUUUUCACCUGGAGAUCUGUCAGUCGAGCCUCUGCGAUACCCUGAGACUCCUCGGAUGCUUCACCUCGCAGUUGAGAUUGGGGGAGACAAGUAUGAGGUCGUCGAUGAAUUUUCACAACACUCUGACAACUCUCUUCAAUGGGAGUGUCCUGGAGCCCUCGUUUCCUCAGGAUAUGCCUAAGAAUUUGGCAUAUGCCUGUCUAUUAAUGAGACUCCUUUACGACGUCGCCCUGGACGCCUUCGACAAACCCAGCUUCGCGGCCAUUGGCACAAGGUCCCCCUCCCACCGACAAUCAUCAAGCCUCGAGAAUCAGAAGUCCCUGGAUUCACCAGGAAGUGGAAAGAGAUCAGCGGUGAGCUCUCUGAACCUCAGCCCUCCUCCCCCAGAGCCCAUCAUCGUGCAUCCAGGGAUUGUCGUGGGAAUGCUGCACCUAGUGCCCUCGAUCGAGGAAGCCAGUGUCCCAGAGCUCGCCCUGGCCCUGCAGAUUUACGUGGCUGAGGUGAUAAAGAGUCUCGUGAGGACCGAGAGGAAUCAGCAGGUGAUGUGUGACGCAGGUAUGGCCGGGGAGCUCUUGACCAUGGGGAGGAUUGCCCUUCAGGACGAGACUCAUCCUCUGCAUCAGCCUUUGCAGUACAUAAUUGAGAGGCUGGCAGCGCAGUCCCUCGAGCCCAAGGAUCUUCGAGAAUUUUUGAGGCUCGGCGAUCCCCUCUGCUGCAUCUCCCUCGACGACAUCGAGCAGAACAAACCCAGAGGAGGACCUGUACCUCUCACUAGGAUAAAAACCCUAGUCUCGAUGACAACACCCAAGGACUUCAGAGCUCAUGGCUCGUGCACUCUUCCCCCCUUCGUCGAGUUCGAUAUGAGUGCUGAGGGAUUUGCCUGUCUCUAUCUCCCCAGCAUCGCUCCCCAGAGCACAACCCCUCCGACUGUUGUCUCAGCAGAUAACAGUGUCCUGGGAGGCAUUGGCUCAGGGGACAGGCUCUUUCCACCCCAGACAGGACUGACCUACAGCACAUGGGUCUGCGUUGAUAAAUUCUCAGACUGCAAAACCGAUCCCCAUUGCGUGAGACUUCUGACUCUCGUCAGGAGUCCACCCUCAGGUGCCCGAGAUCUCAUCUGUUUCGCUGCUGUCCUCAGCGCCAGGGACAAGGCAAUUAUCGUCUCAACCCACGAGACAACGAUGCCCCAGAGCAAUGGAGAAUGGGAGCCAGAGGGAAUUGGAGAGAGUGGUGCACGUGUCUGGUGUCCGGAUCUCCUCCACGAGGGCCAGUGGCACCACAUCGCCAUCGUCCUCAACAGAGCUGUCCUCAAGAACUCGAGUUUCUCGUUGUACCUCGAUGGCCAGCACAUCCAAAGCCAGAAACUCCACUACAUCUCUCAGACACCUGGGGGUGGUGCUGCAAACUUAACAGUUGCUUCUCCAGUUUACGGUUACAUUGGCACUCCCCCAUGUUGGAGAAGAUACUCAAGAUUGACGUGGAAGCAGGGGCCUUGUCACCUGGUCGAGGAGGUCUUCAACUCCCAAAAUAUUCUUACACUCUUCAAGCUUGGGCCACACUACAUGGGUAGCAUGCAGGCCCCUCAAUUCAUCGGGCCCGAGCCAUUUCCAGCGCUCCUCGCUGAAGAGAAAGUUGUUUUUGGUCUGAAUGCCAAGGCCAUGUCACAGCUGACACUCGCCAAGAUCAGGAAGGUCUACAGCAGGGCUGACAACAAAUCCAUUGCCAAACAGCUGGGGAUGUCGUCUCAUGAAAACGCCACACCCAUCAGAGUCCUCCACAAUUCAGCUGGACACCUCAGUGGUCCUGCUAGGGCUUUGGGUGGUGUUGUCGUUGGUUACCUGGGGGUCAGGGUGUUCAAUCCACGUCCAGUGGCAACAACCAUCGACAACGUUGGAGGCUGUUCAGUUCUUCUUGGAUUAAUCGCCAUGGCGCAGGACGUGGAGUCUCUCUACGCAGCGGUAAAAGCGCUCGUCUGCGUCGUGAGAUCCAACCAAGCGGCCCAGCAGGAGAUGGAUCGCCGUAGGGGAUACCAGACCCUCGCGAUGCUCCUCAGGAGGAAAUGCCCUCUGCUGAACAGUCACAUCCUUCACCUGACGUUCAGCCUCGUGGGGACAGUCGACAGUGGACGUGAGACCAGUGCCAUUCCCAAUGUCACAGCCUUCCAGGAUCUCCUCUGCGACCUCCAGGUGUGGCACGAAGCACCUGGAGAACUCCUUCGAUCGUUGCUGGAGCAUCUGUACGAGCUAGUAGCAGAGUCCAAUGAGAAGAGAACUAAUCUCAGACUCAUGAGAGAUCUCCAACUUGUUCAUAAAUUACUUCAUAUUCUGGGAGAGGUCAAGCAGAACUCCUCGAGACAGGUGCUCCUGGCUCUUCUGAGUAUUCUCCUGGCUCAGCCCAGGCAGGCUGAUCUCCUCUGGUUCGGUCAGUUUAUCGUAGCGACUCUGCCAGUUGUCUCUGAGAAGCACCUGAUACCCAGGGAGAAUGAGGGCCUCAAGGAAGGCGAGGGUGAGAUUAUUUUACUGAGGAACAGGUGUCUUCAGCUACUUCACUCUCUACUAUUCAAUGGCAACAAAGUUAAUGCAGCAAUGUGCGACGAGUUGGCCAAGAUUCUGGGACUCGACUGGGUCCUCUUGUUCCUCCAGCCCGGCCUCCACAGCACCACUGUCGUCUGGGGGCUGAGAGUCCUCGUUGCGGUGUGCUCCGUUCAGCCAAUCCUCCAGAAAUUCAAGGAUGGCACGAGCAAUGGAGGAUGGCUGAGGCACACCGAUCACAAUAAAAUGGCAAUGGCCCUGGGUUGCCAGCAGCAGAAUGCUCCAGGAGAGGUUAAACCCUCUGGACUACACGUUCCAGGAUUUCAACACUUGGGUUGGUUACUACCUCAACAUGUUGAUCUUGUUCCGGAGCUUUAUUUCCUGUUUAUCGCCCUGAUGAUGGGACAGCCCAUCAAACUACUGCCAGCUGACUCCAAACUCGAGCUUCAUAAUGUCUGGAAUUUCAUGUUUGGAGUAGCCGCCAAUCACUCGUUGUCCUCCUUUGCCUCCAGAAUAAAUCUCUGUCCUGAUGCUGUUGUUACACUUUUAGCUAUGGUCAGGACAAUGCUCAACAUGCACUUCAACUCGCCGGAUGGUAUUCCAGAGUGGCUGAACGAUUAUCCAGUGACGAUUAUUCAAUUUUUAUUCUUUCUCUACCACAACUUCACGGAUUUUAUGCAGGUAUUCAUGUCGGCUGAGGUAUUGGGGGCACUCGCUGGAACUCUAUUCCCAAAGCCGUCGAGUGGAUCACAAGACAGCAGUGGAGCUAGUACACCAGCUGACGACCAGGAGCCAGUGCUUGUGAGAUCUCCAUCGAAGGACAUUGGACUGACGAAUCAUUCGGCAAGAAAAUUCGUUAUGGAUUUUCUGAGGGUCAUUGUAGUUGACUCUCUGUCGCUACCUGUCACUGCUAAAUCACCAAGGGUGAUUGAUCUUGUCCUGGAGGCAUGGCCGGAGUACGCCUCCACAGGACAGCAGACGAGGUAUCAAACUGAGAUUCUGUCGAUUCUGAUGGAGCACCUUCUGGCUGCUGAUGUUCUCAUUGGGGAGCAGGCAGCACUGCCAGUGGUACCUGGUGGCUCUGCCAACAAUAUCACGAGUAAUGUGUGCUACGUAGCCGCGAGGAUAGUCGAUAAGCUGUGGCAGGGAGCCCUCACGAAAGAUCCCCACGAGAUCUUUGAUUUCAUUGUUAAACUCAUUGGUCAAGCCAAGAGGCGACCUGGGGCUGUCAGCAUGGAGGGCCUCCACCAGUGCCUCAACAGAACAAUUCUCUUCUUGCUGUCGAGAACAACCGAUUCCAUCGCCGAUCAGAUGGCUGUCCUAGAGGCCCUCCACAAAUUGACGACUCAUCGACUCCUGGUGUUUGGUGCUGGCAAUCACGAGCCUGAAUUCAUCAGCUGUCUGACCUACUGUCUCCUCCAGCUCACAGCUGACAUAAAAAUCAUGCUCGAUACCAAUAUCAAGACAACGUGGCAUGUCAAUCCCCAGGUGGAGUCGAGUGACGAUCGUCUGACCUCUCAUCAAGGUCACAAUCUCAUGGCAGUGGCAGCAACACGAGUCUGGGAGGAGCUCUACGUCUGCAAAAAGCCCGCCAUCGAGGAGGUCUUCAAGAUCACCCUACCACCACCGAUUGGCAACGAAAGAGCGCCAGAACUCACAGCUGUUCGAGAGUUGGUGCACGAGCAGGCGACCAGACUCUGGCUCAACUACGUAGUCCUGGAGAGAAAGGCCUCGUACAGGGGCCCCUGGGAGCUUCACAAUCAGAUUCAAUCGAAAAUCCAGAAGGUGACUGGUGGACUGACACGACUCGCCAGCAGGACAAAAGUACGAAAGGAAGAGUCAAUAAGACCUAGACUGCGACUCCAUCACAGCACAGUUGCCCAGUGGACAGAGCAGCACGUUGCACUUGUUCGUGAACUCGCAGCUUCCAAAAAACUUCAGCAACAGCAGACGUAUCAGCACACCCAGAGAUACGUCUACCAGGAGUGGCUGCAGACCGAGACUGAAUUAACGAGGGAGAGGGGCCUCUGGGGCCCACCAACAGCAACAAUUCUGGAUAAGUGGAUGCUGGACAUGACUGAGGGGCCUUGCAGAAUGCGCAAGAAAAUGAUGAAGAACGAGCUGUUCUACAUUCAUUAUCCCUACAGACCAGAGCUAGAUCAUCCUGACAAUAAACAACUGAAGUACAAGGUUGCAACGAGCAACGACAGCAAAGAGUACUAUUUGAAGCAAUUGGGGAAUAAUUCUGGGAUGUUCGAGAGGGAGAGGGAUCCAGUGAUCGAUGACACUCCCCUGAAUGUAAACGAGGGAUCGACUGAGAGCGAGCCACCGAUGGUGCCCUGCACUCUGGAGCGUCAUGCCAGCGAGCCUGAUGAGACGACUGAGGAUAACGAGCAGGAGGAGGAGAAUCAGGCUGUGCCUGACAAUCAGACACUGUUGAGACUCCUCGAGGAGCACGAGAAGAUCAGUCACAUGUUCAGGUGUGCCAGGAUUCAGGGGCUCGACACCACCGAGGGUUUACUACUCUUCGGAAAGGAACACUUCUACGUAAUCGAUGGAUUCACCCUGUUGAAGAGCAGAGAAAUAAGGGACAUCGAGAGCCUUCCAGACGCCUACGAGCCCAUUCUCCCAUCUCCGGGCUCCCCCAGGAGGUCUCGAGCUAUGAGACAGUGCUCGAAAUUCAAUUACGAGGACAUCAGAGAGGUACACAAGCGUCGAUACCUUCUCCAGCCGAUGGCACUCGAGGUUUUCUCUGGAGAUGGUAGGAAUUAUCUCCUGGCGUUCCCUAGAAAAGUCAGGAAUAAAGUUUAUCAGAGAUUUAUGACAUUUGCCACGGCAAUUGCUGACAGUGCUCAUCAGUCAGUGGCGGGACAGAAGAGAACAGCUAAUGUUGAACAGGCAACUGGUCUUUUAUCGAAUUUAAUUGGAGAGACAUCUGUCACUCAGCGUUGGGUCAGGGGUGAGAUAUCGAAUUUCCAAUAUCUGAUGCACCUCAAUACUCUGGCUGGAAGGAGCUACAAUGAUCUCAUGCAGUAUCCCAUUUUUCCCUGGAUCCUGGCUGACUACGAUGCGGAGGAGAUUGACUUCAAUGAGCCAUCGACCUUCAGGGAUUUUACGAAACCAAUGGGUGCUCAGAGCCCUGAGCGACUCCUGCAGUUCAAGAAGAGGUACAAAGAGUGGGACGAUCCACACGGGGAAACACCACCCUAUCAUUUUGGUACUCAUUAUUCAUCAGCGAUGAUCGUGUGUUCGUACCUAGUGCGAAUGGAGCCCUUCACUCAGCAUUUUUUGAGACUCCAGGGUGGCCACUUCGAUCUCGCCGACAGGAUGUUCAAUAGCGUGAAGGAGGCGUGGCUGUCAGCCUCCAAACACAAUAUGGCUGACGUUAAGGAGUUGAUCCCCGAGUUUUUCUACCUCCCCGAGUUCCUGGAGAACUCCAAUCACUUCGAUCUGGGGUCUAAACAGUCAGGGGUUCAACUCGGUGACAUUGUCCUGCCACCGUGGGCCAAACAGGAUCCCAGGGAGUUCAUAAGGGUCCACAGACUCGCUCUGGAGUGCGACUACGUCUCCCAGAAUCUCCACCACUGGAUCGAUCUCAUCUUCGGGUACAAGCAGAACGGUCCAGCAGCUGUUGACGCUGUCAACGUAUUUCAUCAUCUCUUCUACGAGGGAAACGUUGACAUUUACAACAUAGACGAUCCCCUGAAGAAGAAUGCUACGAUAGGAUUUAUCAAUAACUUCGGGCAGAUCCCGAAGCAGCUAUUCAAGAAGCCCCAUCCCUGUAAGAAGAUGAGUGUGAGGACGUCGGUGAUAGAUCCAGGACCCAUAACCCCGGGGCUCAGCAUCACAGCGUCUGAUCGCCUCUUCUUCCACAAUCUCGACAACCUCAAGCCCUCGCUCCAACCCAUCAAGGAGCUCAAAGGUCCUGUCGGGCAGAUCCUUCACGUUGAUAAAUCUGUUCUUGCUGUGGAGCAGAACAAGUGUCUGAUACCCCCAUCAUUCAACAAGUACGUUGCCUGGGGUUUUGCUGAUCACUCCCUCAGGAUAGGUAACUACGACUCUGAAAAGGCGAUUUUUGUCUGUGAAGCUAUGAUGCAGAGUAGUGGAGAAAUAGUUGCCUGCGUUUGUCCCUCCUCCAAGCUCAUCGUGACAGCUGGCACCAGCUCUGUGGUGACUGUCUGGGAGUACUCGAAACGUCAGUUAUCGAUAAAGCAGUGCCUCUAUGGGCAUACCGAGGCAGUGACCUGUCUGGCUUCAUCACCAGCUUACAAUGUGAUCGUGUCAGGCUCCAGGGAUGGCACAGCGAUCAUCUGGGAUCUGUCGAGGUGCCUCUUCGUGAGACAGCUGAGGGGCCACGCCGGACCAGUGGCUGCUGUGGCUAUCAAUGAUCUCACUGGUGACAUUGCUACCUGUGCUGCCACUUGGCUUCACGUCUGGAGCAUCAACGGUGAGGAAUUGGCAAGUGUCAAUACGUGUGUGGGAAGGGCUGACAGAAUGCAGCAGAUCCUCUGCGUGGCAUUCAGUCAGACCCACGAGUGGGACUCGCAGAAUGUCAUUAUGACUGGGAGUACUGAUGGUGUCGCCCGGAUGUGGUCGAUGGACUACGUCCAGGUACCCGAGGAGGAGAAACUCGAGACUGUCGUUAAAGAGGAGAAACGAAUUGAGGGUGAAAGAACGCAGAAUACUAAGAAGAGGGUUCACGAGCUCGUUAAGCAGAUGAGUAUAUCAGCAGAGGAAGCGGGGAUGUUGAUGAAGAGUGGUAGUGAGAGCAGUUUGUCGGAGGCUGAGGGCACCAAGGAGGCCCUCAGGGUGCACGAGGAGAAAGAGGAGUGCUCCGAUAAUGAAUCGAGUAAUGGAUCUGUCCACAAGGGCACGAGAAGUGCACAAUCACCCACUGUUGUUCUCAGAAGGAAGAGCAGGGGUAAUCCCAUGUUCAGGAAGAGUGAGGGAGGAGGCAGGGCUGAUAGUGAGGGGACCAGGGUGGAUGAGGUUGCUGCUGCUGUUGACACCGAGGGUGCGUUGAGAACGAGCAAGAGUGAUACCAGUCUCACUGACAGCUUCGUCAUGGUCAACGAGUCUGACACCAAACCCAAGAGGAUCAAUCUGCAGAAUGUACUCCGGGAGGGAUUCAAGUGGCAGAGACAGCUCGUCUUCAGGAGCAAGCUCACCAUGCACACGGCUUAUGACAGGAAGGACAAUGCUGAACCCGCGUCAAUUGCUGCUCUUGCUGUAUCGAGGGAUCACAGAACUGUUUAUGUCGGGGAUACCAGGGGAAGGGUUUUCUCCUGGAGUGUCUGCGAACAGCCGGGGCGAACCGUCGCUGAUCACUGGUUGAAGGAUGAAGGAGCGGACUCUUGUGUUGGGUGUGGCGUCAGGUUUAAUAUUUAUGAGAGAAGACAUCACUGCAGGAAUUGCGGACAAGUUUUCUGCUCCAAGUGCAGCAGAUUCGAGUCUAAAAUAUCACGACUAGGAAUAUUGAAGCCUGUACGUGUCUGUCAAGGAUGCUACGCCUCCCUGAGAACCCAGAAUUCACUGGAAAGCAACAACACCUAAUAGCAGAGCUCCAAGACCUUUCUACGUAGCUAGAUGAUUCUAAAAAGAAAAACCACCAAAUGUCCUUCCACAUGAUUUUAUUAUUGAUAUAUAGUUCCAAUCGUGAGUACCAUUUAUCACAAUAUUUCAUUGAGCCAUUGGAGGAUAACGAUUUAUUGAACAAAUUGGAUAUCUUCGAUGCGAUGAUUUUCCACUGGCCCUGUCGAAGAUUGAUAAUUUCCAUUUGUCAUUGUUUCUCAGAGAAAUAUAAAGAGAAUAGACGUAAGGAUCGUUGAUAGAGCCUACAGAAUUAUUUGUUUCCGUUCCCCAAUGGGGAUGAUGUUAAACGUAUUUCUGUACAAUGUAUAAUCAUGAAUGUUAGGAUUUAAGGGCUGAUGCAUUACUUACAAUCUGUGAUUUUUUUACUCGUCUCUUAACGAAUUAUUUUCAAUAAGUUUUAUUAUUUUAUUUAAAACCACUCAAUUAUUAUUUAAAGAAGAAUGAUCAAUUUACGUUUAUUACAUUUCCAUGUUUUACUUCAUUUUGGAUUUUUUUUUCAAUUUCGAUGAAUUUUUUUAAUGAAUCUAUCAAUCAUUUAAAGACACUGUGCUAUCAUAGACAAUACCAUAUUCGCAUAAGAUGUCUGAACAAAUAAUGAAAAGAACAAAUAUCUUGAGUAAAUCCACCUGUGAGAGAAAAUUGAUGAAAAAAUUCCAUAAAAAGUUUAAAAAAAGAGGGAAAAAUUUGAUACAAAAAAAAAUGAAGAGUAAACGGCUUAGCAUAGAGUUACUAUACGUGUGUAUAGAGUUUAAUGUGAAAUUAUUUAGACUAAUAGUUUAUAACAAUCAUGACCUAUUGAAUAGAAUGAGAGCUUGGGGAAUCUUCAGGAGACAAUCGACUCUCGAUAAUCAUAAAUCAUUCCUCGAAGAUUUCUGAAGCUAUAAAUUAAGGGAUGAUGAUUCGCGAUGGAAGUAUUAAUUAAACGGUGAUUUAUUCCGUUGCAUCAAAGAGAAGCCAAAUCCAUCGCAGAAACAAGGCUGAAUCAGUGCUGUAUAAAAAAAAUUAUCACGAGCAAUAUUAUCUAUUGUUAAAUUAUGAAUUAGUUGAAUUGAAUAUCGUAGGUGAGGAGUAGUUGGUAGGGGUGCAGGAUAAUUAUUGAAUGUUUGAAACCCAAGAGAUUGGAGGUAUCGAAUAAUUUUGUGUAAAGAUUUGACGUAAAAUUGAAAUUUCAGAAUGUUCUCUCGUUUAUUAUCGUCAGAUUUUUGUGUUACUCGUCUUGAAAUUAUUUCUCAUGGUAAAUUCUUUAAAUAAUGAGAUUGUGGCGAAUGUUUCGUGAAUAUUUAAUUGUGUAAAAUCCAAAGAACGAAGGCACAACAGUAGUCUAGUCACAAGUGUGUCGUGCCUUUUGCAUGAAUUUGUCCGAUUGAUUUAAUUUUUUCUUUCGAAUCGACAAAUCAGUAUGGAUUGACCUUUUAAUAUUUACCAGUAUUAUAAAUUGAUUUAAUAUAUUUUUAAUUGUACAUAAGAACAAUAUAAUUUAUAUCCGUCGUGAAUUGGUUUUAACAAAAGAUUUAGAUAAAAAAUAAUCGUGUGUCUUUGUUGGGAUAAUUUAAAUUAAUUGUGAUAUUGCAUUAUUUUUUUUUGUCCAUCGGUUGGAGUCUCAGUGUUUAAAAAUCAUCUGGAGGAUAAGUAAAUCGAUUGAUAAUCGUUUUGUUUCUGGUAAUUGUAGUAACGAUACAUGUGAAUAUAACACCUGAGAGUAUGAAAAAUAAUUCACCAACUUUGUUACAUUAAACGGAUAAAACAUGAAUAACAAUUGGUAGCUACUGAAUAUCUUGAAGUGUAUAUAAUGACGCGAGUAAAGAGAAAUAAUUAACUAGCACGGA